CACUAAUCGGAAAUCCGAGUUUGGAAAUCCUCUGCGCUUCGUCCAUACCGGCGUGGGUGCGGUUUGAAGCGCGUGGCCGCGCCUUUCAGGAUCCCGUCGCAGCUCCAUGCACGAGACGCUGAUGACGUGCUUGUCCUGGCGCUGGCUACGGAAGCCGAGCGAGGGACACGGUCGGUAACGCGGCGGUGCCUGUGGGUCUCCACCCGAGAGCAUGGCGGCCGCGGAUGUGUCGGUGCGCAGAAGAAGCGGGGACAUGAAACCACAGUUAAGGGACUGCUUUCUCUAAACUUCACACAUCCUGCUUCUUUAAAGACAAUCUCAAGAUUCUGAGUGCAGCUUUGUUAGCUUAGCUAAAACCGCAUCUAAUGUUAGUUAGCUGGAUGAUUUAGGACGCUGAGCUCAGCUAAUGAAACAGCCGGAAAACCUGCAACCGCCUGGACCAGUGUUUACCGGACAGAACCGCGGUACCGGUGUUUACCGGACAGAACCGCGGUACCGGGGUUUACCGGACAGAACCGCGGUACCAGUGUUUACCGGACAGACCCGCGGUAGCAGUGUUUUCCGGACAGACCUGCGAUAAUGCACCGCUUCUUCCCCGUUUCCUUGCGCGGACUCCGCGCCUUUGUGCGCCGCUUGUUUACUUCUCCUAGCUAAAAGCAAGAAGGCGCCAGGAGCAGCAUGGGACCCGCUCCGUCACUGUAGCUAAUACUCCUUUUAUUACGCUUGUUAAAUGACGAAUACCGGGUGCUAGUGCACGUUUUCUGUUGUUCCCCCUCCCGUUAACGGUGUGUUAGGAGCUAUGCGUGAGUACAAAGUGGUGGUGUUGGGCAGCGGCGGCGUGGGCAAGUCCGCCCUCACCGUGCAGUUCGUCACCGGCACCUUCAUAGAGAAGUACGACCCGACCAUCGAAGACUUCUACCGCAAGGAGAUAGAAGUGGACUCGUCGCCAUCGGUGCUCGAGAUCCUGGACACGGCCGGCACGGAACAGUUCGCCUCCAUGCGCGAUCUGUACAUCAAGAACGGUCAGGGCUUCAUCCUGGUGUACAGCCUGGUGAACCAGCAGAGCUUCCAGGACAUCAAGCCUAUGAGGGACCAAAUCAUCCGUGUGAAAAGGUAUGAGAAGGUGCCGGUGAUCCUGGUGGGCAAUAAGGUGGAUCUGGAGAGUGAGCGGGAGGUGUCGGUGAGCGAGGGUCAGGCUCUGGCUGAGGAAUGGGGCUGCCCCUUUAUCGAGACCUCAGCCAAGAGCAAGACCAUGGUGGAUGAACUGUUUGCCGAAAUCGUCCGACAGAUGGACUACGCAGCGCAACCUGACAAAGACGAUCCCUGCUGCUCCUCCUGCAAUAUACAAUAACCCUCCUGCAUGAGGGCUCACACAAACACACACACACAUGAACACUUCACACACUGCACAUACAUGCACAAAACAUGCAGGCACAGUCAUAGACAUUCACAAAAUACUCAUCAGUUUCAGUAGAUGUUCUUUCUGCUAAAUCAGUUUUCUCAUAGUGGAAUUCAUUCUGGCGUAAUGUCCGAAUGAGGAGAUCACUUUACCUGACUGACUCACAGAGAAGUGCACUGGCCUUACGAGUGAGUGCCCUGUUUCCAAAUGGAGCUUAGUGAACACUACUCUUCAGGUUUGUUAACACUAUUUAGCCAUUGUUUCUUUUCCCAUAAGUUCUUUUCACUGUUGAUCUUUUGAUUGAAGAUGUGUUUCUAAUCAUGUAACUUAGACAGAGCUCUUAUAGUUGAGGGAUUGACCUCCACCACCUCAACCAUUAAACAUUAGUAACAGAUUGAUUAGUAGAAAAAUAUAGGAUGAAACACCCACUUCAAGACUACGGGGGAAAAAAAACAUUUCAAACACCUCCUUUCCCUAUUUGGUCUCAAUUAUUGGAAUUGUAGAUGAUUCUGGGUUUUUUGUUUGUUUUUGUUUAGUUUUUUCUUGAGAAUAAGUGUGAUAUUGUGUACCAGUUGUGUGUUCUCAUUCUGAGAUAUGAUGACAAGAAUCCAGAAAACCUCCAGAAAGCACCAGGCCUCUUUCAGUUUCUGUGCAGUUUUUAUCAUCCAGCAUAUGCUUCUGAGUUUGGGUUAAACAUUCUUCACAUGGUGCCAUCAAACUCUAAUCCAGUUCUAGCGUUUCCCAAAAAAAAGUGCACAGGGAGAAAACCAAUUUCAAACAGUAAUGAAAAUCAUUUGAUGUUGAUGCUGGUAGUCUAAACACAGAUAUGGAUGUUGUCAGUUCCACUCCGCCUCCUGCUUCCUGUGGGCCUGUGGACUGUAUUCAUGGCCAGAAAAAUUAACAGCCUGAAGCAGAUUUAAAGAGUUUGAGCCAAAACGACGAUCACUCUGGUCAGACCAGAGCGGCGAGGUGCUGUGUACUCAUUGUUGAUUUUAUAUUUUUUUAUGUGAACAUUUACUCUCUCCUUCCUGAAUGAAUGGUGACACUCUUUCAUUUGGCACCUCAAUAAAGUGUGUUCAACACA